CGAACCGAGCCCCAGUGAGAGAGCGGGCUGGCGGGCCAGGAGCGCAGCAGCGGCGGACGGCGGCCGGAGCUCGGCCCCAGCCAAGUCGGGCCUCCCAGCCAGCCCCGCGGCGGGGCAGCCGCAGGAGCCCUGGCUGUGGCUGGAGGGCAGUGGGCCAUGCCGGGGGCAGUGGAAGGCCCCAGCUGGAAGCAGGCGGAGGACAUUAGAGACAUUUACGACUUCCGAGAUGUUCUGGGAACAGGAGCCUUCUCUGAGGUCAUCCUGGCAGAAGAUAAGAGGACUCAGAAGCUGGUAGCCAUCAAAUGUAUCGCCAAGAAGGCUCUGGAGGGCAAGGAGGGCAGCAUGGAGAACGAGAUCGCUGUCCUACACAAGAUCAAGCACCCCAACAUUGUAGCCCUGGAUGACAUCUACGAGAGUGGGGGACACCUCUAUCUCAUCAUGCAGCUGGUGUCAGGCGGUGAGCUGUUUGACCGAAUUGUGGAAAAAGGCUUCUACACGGAACGGGAUGCCAGCCGCCUCAUCUUCCAGGUGCUGGAUGCCGUCAAGUACCUACACGACCUGGGCAUUGUACACCGAGACCUCAAGCCAGAGAAUCUGCUGUACUACAGCCUGGAGGAAGACUCUAAGAUCAUGAUCUCCGACUUUGGCCUCUCCAAGAUGGAAGACCCCAGCAGUGUGCUCUCCACGGCCUGUGGGACCCCAGGAUACGUGGCCCCUGAGGUGCUGGCCCAGAAGCCCUACAGCAAGGCCGUGGAUUGCUGGUCCAUCGGGGUCAUCGCCUAUAUCCUGCUCUGUGGUUAUCCUCCCUUCUAUGACGAGAAUGAUGCCAAACUCUUUGAACAGAUUUUGAAGGCCGAGUACGAGUUUGACUCUCCUUACUGGGACGACAUCUCUGACUCUGCCAAAGACUUCAUCCGGCACUUGAUGGAGAAGGAUCCAGAGAAGAGGUUCACCUGUGAGCAGGCCUUGCAGCACCCCUGGAUUGCAGGAGAUACUGCCCUAGAUAAGAAUAUUCACCAGUCCGUGAGCGAGCAGAUCAAGAAGAACUUUGCCAAAAGCAAGUGGAAGCAAGCCUUCAAUGCCACAGCCGUGGUGCGGCACAUGAGGAAGCUACAGCUGGGCACCAGCCAGGAGGGGCAGGGACAGACAGCGAGUCGUGGGGAGCUCCUGGCACCAGCAGCCGGGGGGCCGGUGGCUGGCUGCUGCUGUCGUGACUGCUGUGUGGAGCCCAGCCCAGAACUGUCCCCCUCUCUGCACCCCCAGCUCUAG